AUGGCGGCCACGGCUCUGGAUCACCUCCAGCUCGGCGGCAGAAUCGACUGGCUUGCCCAGCUCGACACUGCUUUCCAGCCCGAGCGCAACCUGCGUCGGACAUCUAUCAUCUGCACUAUUGGUCCCAAGACGAACUCGGUCGAGGCGAUCAACAAGCUCCGCGAGGCUGGCUUGAACGUUGUGCGGAUGAACUUUUCCCACGGCAGCCAUGAAUAUCACCAGUCGGUGAUUGACAAUGCCCGUGCUGCGGAGAAGGCCCAGAAGGGCCGCCAAGUGGCGAUCGCUCUUGACACCAAGGGACCUGAGAUCCGUACCGGCAACACGACCGGCGAUGCCGACAUCCCUAUUGCUGCCGGUACCGUGAUGAACUUCACCACCGAUGAGAAAUACGCCACUUCGUGUGACACGGAGAACAUGUAUGUCGACUACAAGAACAUCACCAAGGUGAUUACGCCAGGCCGCAUCAUCUACGUUGACGAUGGUGUUUUGGCUUUCGACGUGAUUGAGAUCACAGACGACAAGACCGUCAAGGUCAAGGCGAGAAACAAUGGUUUCAUCUCGUCGCGCAAGGGCGUCAAUCUCCCCAACACAGAUGUCGAUCUUCCCGCUCUUUCAGAGAAAGAUAAGAACGAUCUGCGGUUCGGCGUGAAGAACAAUGUCGAUAUGGUGUUUGCCUCCUUCAUCCGUCGGGGCCAGGACAUCAAGGAUAUCCGCGAAGUGCUUGGAAAGGACGGUGCCCACAUCCAGAUCAUUGCCAAGAUUGAGAACCGUCAAGGUCUCAACAAUUUCGCCGAGAUCUUGGCUGAGACGGACGGUGUGAUGGUUGCUCGUGGUGACUUGGGCAUUGAGAUUCCCGCGGCUGAGGUUUUCGCAGCCCAGAAGAAGAUUAUUGCCAUGUGCAACAUUGCUGGCAAGCCAGUCAUCUGCGCAACACAGAUGCUCGAGUCCAUGAUCAAGAACCCCAGACCCACCAGAGCCGAGAUCAGCGAUGUCGGUAACGCAGUUACGGACGGUGCCGACUGCGUCAUGUUGUCCGGCGAGACAGCCAAGGGUAUCUACCCCAACGAGGCUGUGCGCGAGAUGAGCGAAGCGUGCUUGAAGGCCGAAAACACUAUCCCUUACGUUAGUCAUUUUGAAGAGCUGUGCACUCUCGUUAAGCGGCCAGUGUCCAUCACGGAGUCCUGCGCCAUGGCUGCUGUUCGGGCCUCGCUGGAUCUCAACGCCUCUGCCAUCUUCGUGCUCUCGACUUCCGGGGAGUCGGCUCGCCUCCUAUCCAAGUACCGCCCCGUGUGCCCCAUCAUCAUGAUUACCCGCAGCCCCUCGGCCUCCAGAUACGCCCAUCUUUACCGCGGCGUCUACCCCUUCCUCUUCCCCGAGGCCAAGCCCGACUUCACCAAGGUUAACUGGCAAGAGGAUGUUGAUCGCCGCAUCAAGUGGGGACUCAGCAAUGCCAUUGGCCUCAACAUCCUGAACCAGGACGAGACCGUCGUCGUUGUGCAGGGCUGGAAGGGCGGCAUGGGCAACACCAAUACCCUGCGUAUUGUCAAGGCCGAUGUCAACCACCUUGGAAUUGGACAACAAUAA